CUCGGCAUCCUGAACCUCACCGGCAGGCCCCUCAACAGCUCGUUGUGCGAGCGCCUGUUCGGCAACGUGACGCUCGCCAACCGCACGCGGCCCGAGAGCGUCAGCGGCAGCGAGGAGUACUUCAAGUUCUUUGUGCUGAAGAUCUCGGAGGGCAUCGACCGACCGGGCGAGAUUCGCUGGCACCUGGCGCUGUGCCUGCUGCUCGCCUGGAUCAUCGUCUACCUCUGCCUGGUGCGCGGAAUCAAGACCUCGGGCAAGGUGGUGUAUUUCACGGCUACCUUCCCGUACGUGGUGCUCGUGAUUCUGCUGGUGAGAGGGGUCACCUUGCCCGGGGCAUUCGAUGGAAUCCUCUACUUCAUCAAGCCCAAGUGGGAGAAGCUCUUCGAAGCCACGGUGUGGAAGGACGCAGCCACUCAGAUUUUCUUCUCGCUAUCGGCUGCUUGGGGAGGACUUAUCACCCUCUCCUCCUACAACAAGUUCCACAACAACUGCUACCGGGACACGCUGAUCGUGACGUGCACCAACAGCGCCACGAGCAUCUUCGCCGGCUUCGUCAUCUUCUCCGUCAUCGGCUUCAUGGCGCACCUCCUCAAGGUGGACAUCCAGCAGGUGGCGGACGAAGGGCCCGGCCUGGCCUUCGUGGUCUACCCCGAGGCCCUGACCCACCUGCCCAUCUCCCCACUCUGGGCCAUCCUCUUCUUCCUCAUGCUCCUCACGCUGGGCCUCGACACCAUGUUCGCCACCCUGGAGACCAUCGUGACUUCCGUGGCCGACGAGUUCCCCAAGUACCUGCGCGCGCACAAGCCGCUGUUCACGAUGUGCGCGUGCAUCAUCAUGUUCAUCCUGGGCUUCCCCAUGCUCACCGAGGGAGGUAUCUACAUGCUACAACUGGUGGACACCUACGCUGCCUCGUACUCCCUCAUCAUCAUCGCCAUCUUUGAGCUCGUCGGCAUCUCCUACAUCUACGGUCUCAACAGGUUCUGUGAAGACAUUGAGAUGAUGAUUGGCUUCCAGCCCAGCUACUUCUGGAGGAUCUGCUGGGCCUUCCUCACACCCACCAUCCUCACCUUCAUCUUGGGCUUCAGCUUCUACCAGUGGACGCCCAUGACGUACGAGGCCUACCACUACCCGCCCUGGUCCAUGGCCAUGGGCUGGCUCAUGGUGGGCAGCUCAGUCAUCUGGAUCCCCAUCAUGUUCGUCGUCAAGAUGUACCUCGCUCCGGGAAACUUCAUCGAGCGGCUCAAGCUGGUGUGCAUGCCCCAGCCGGACUGGGGGCCCUUCCUGGUGCAGCACCGUGGCGAGCGCUACCGCCACCAGAUGGACCCUCUGGGCACCUCCUCGCUGGGCCUCAAGCUGCCCCGCAAGGACGUGGAGAUGAGCGCCGACGUCAUGGGCGUCGCCUAGCAACCCCCCCCCCUUCUUUGUUGCUGCUGCUCCUGUUGCAGUCACCCCCACCCCUCCCUCCCCUUUGUCACCCCCCUUCAACCUGAGGUCCGUUGGAACCCCCCCCCUUCAGAGUCUUUCAUGGAAGCCCUCGAGAUUCUAUCUCCAUGAUGUCCUCCUUUAGAUCUCUCCAUGAUGUCAUCGAUGGGAUCAUCUUUUCCUGUCCAUGAAGACUUGUAUGACAUCACAUCUUCUCCAUGAUAUACUCCAUGCAUCUCUCUAUGAUGUCUUUUAUGACGUCAUAUUUUCCUGUCCAUGAUUACCUGUAUGACAUCUCCUCUCCAUGAUGUCCUCCAUGCAUCUCUCUAUGAUGUCAUCGAUGUGAUCAUCUUUUCCUGUCCAUGAAGACUUGUAUGACAUCACAUCUCCUCCAUGAUAUCCUCCAUGCAUCUCUCUAUGAUGUCCUCCAUGACGUCAUUGUUUCCUGUCUACAUCUUCUCCAUGUCCUCCUUUAGAUCUCUCCAUGAUGUCGUCGAUGGGAUCAUCUUUUCCUGUCCAUGAAGACUUGUAUGACAUCACAUCUCCUCCAUGAUAUACUCCAUGCAUCCCUCUAUGAUGUCUUUCAUGACGUCAUCUUUUCCUGUCCAUGAUGACCCAUAUGGCAUCACAUCUUCUCUGUCCUUUAAAUCUCUCCAUGAUGUCUUUUAUAUGAUUAUCUUUUCCUGUCCAUGAAGACUUGUAUGACAUCUUCUUCGUGAUGUCCUCCAUGCAACUCUCCAUGAUCUCCUCCAUGAAAUCAUCUUCUUCUAUCCAUGAUGACCCUCAUGACAUCACAUCUUCUCCGUCAUGUCCUCCAUUCACCUCUCCACUGUGCCCUCCAUGAGUUAUUGUCCCUGAUCCACGAUGUUUCUUCAUGAGUCCUCCUCAUUGGAAUUCUCCACGAUUUCCUUCCUAGAAAUGUAUCCAUGAGACCUCUUCUCCUCCCCAUGAUGUCCUCCAUGAGACUGUUAUUUCCAUGAUAUCCUCCAUGAGAUCCUACCUCCGUGAUGUCCUCAAUGAGAUCUUAUCUCCAUGAUAUCCUCCAUGAUAUAUUAUUUUUAAGAUAAGAUGUCCUCCAUGAGAUUUUAUCUCCAUGAUAUCCUCCAUGAUAUAUUAUCUCCAUGAUAUCCUCCAUGAGAUCUUAUCUCCAUGAUGUCCUCUAUGAGAUUUUAUCUCCAUGAUAUCCUCUAUGAGAUAUUAUCUCCAUGAUGUCCUCUAUGAGAUUUUAUCUCCAUGAUAUCCUCCAUGAGAUAUUAUCUCCAUGAUGUCCUCUAUGAUAUUUUAUCUCCAUGAUAUCUUCCAUGAGAUAUUAUCUCCAUGAUGUCCUCUAUGAGAUCUUAUCUCCAUGAUGUCCUCCAUGAGAUAUUAUCUCCAUGAUGUCCUCUAUGAUAUUUUAUCUCCAUGAUAUCUUCCAUAAGAUAUUAUCUCCAUGAUGUCCUCUAUGAGAUCUUAUCUCCAUGAUGUCCUCCAUGAGAUCUUAUCUCCAUGAUAUUCUCCAUGAUAUAUUAUCUCCAUGAUGUCCUCCAUAAGAUUGUAUCUCCAUGAUAUUCUCCAUGAUAUAUUAUCUCCAUGAUGUCCUCCAUAAGAUUGUAUCUCCAUGAUAUUCUCCAUGAUAUAUUAUCUCCAUGAUAUCCUCCAUGAGAUAUUAUCUCCAUGAUAUCCUCCAUGAUAUAUUAUCUCCAUGAUGUCCUCUAUGAGAUCUUAUCGCCACGAUCUCUUCCAUGAGAUCUUAUCUCCAUGAUGUCCUCCGCGAGACCUCUAUGUGUCCUCCACGAGACCCCCUCAACCCUUCUCCUCGACACCUCAUUACCCCAUGUGAAACUGAACUAUUUCCUCAAAAUGGAAGCUGAUCGUGAUGAGAGGCAGAAGAUGAGAAAACAUAUCCAACACUGAUCACGGAAAAAUGUUGCGUCUUCCACUACACGGACAAUUAAGAGAGACAGACAGACAAUAAGAUACACAGAUAUACAUACAGACAGAGAGACUGCAAGAUACAGACACAGGCAGACAGAGAUAGAGACAGAUACAGAUACAUGGUCAGAAAUACAGAUAUAGACAGACUGACGGAGAGACAUACACACAAACAGACAUGGAGACAGACAUUCAGAGACAGACAGAAUGAGAUAUUCACACUGGAGGAAUCCUAUUAUAUAUCAGGCUCUUUCUCACAGAUGUCCAGUAGAGACACAGACACACCGAGGCAGAUAUACAGCAAGACAAGACAUGCACAGACAGACAGAGACACAGACAAUACAGACUUGCCAAAAAAUGCGGACAGACGAUGAUGGGACAGUGCGAGAGACAGGCGGACAGACACGCGGCUCGAUGUAUCGAUAGACACGUAUGUAGAUUGUCGCGGUGUCUGUGUGUGUGUGUAUGUGUGUAGUUCGUGUCAGCUACGCUGUAGGGUGUAGACCAUAGCAGCAGCAGAAGUAAUAACAACGUGAUGUAUUCUCGAUGUAUACUCUGUCUAGAUGUACACUCAAUGGAUAUGCUAGAUAUAUUUUAUACACACGCGCACAACACAUGAGUCAUACGCCUUGGGACCACGGGACAUUUCGCUGGCACGGGUCUAAAUUUGCCAAAAAAAUAAGAAUCUAAAUGUUGUAAUGUUUCAUAACUCCGGGAAAUGUACUCGAUUCGGAUUACACAAGGCAGCGAUCCUCGCCCCCCCCCCCCCCUACUGGCAGGCGAAUGCCCCCCGCUGGCAGGUCGGGUUAUUAUCAAUCAACUUGUGUCACCGCACAGGGGCAGCUGCCACUGGGUGGAAGGGUCCCCUAGGCCAGAUCACACGGCAGUGAUCAUCACCCGAACCCCCUACUGGUAGGCGAAUGCCCCCCGCUGGCAGGUCGGGUUAUAAUCAAUCAACUUGUGUCACCGCACAGGGGCAGCUGCCACUGGGGGGGGGGUCCCCUAGGCCAGACAGCACAGCAGCAGUCAUUGCCCCCCCCCCUUCCCAUGAUCGGAAGGUCGAGCGGUGGUGAUGGUGGGUGGUUGGGUGAUGGUGGGUGGGGUAAAGUGUGGGUAGUCGCGCCUCUUCUUCCGAGACGUAGCCAGCGUGGAAGAGUGAGGUCCCUAAGCAAGUGACGGACGAAUCUCCGUCGAGGCGACCAAUCGCGAAGGAAGGCCCAUUCCUGCCAGCCAGCCAGCCGGCGGCGUGAUUCUGGCAAUUGCAGGGUCCGCGCCUUUGCCUCCCCCCUUCCCGCCCCCCCUCUCUCUCGUUCAUCUCUGUUUGGUGUAUCGCGCCUCCAUUCGGAGUGGUCCCCGGACCGAUGAUGAAGUUGCUUAGGUGUGGCCGUGCAACGUUCGGGCCAAUUACCUUGUAACCCUACUACGCCUCGCGUACGCACGCGCCGAUUGCCACCGGUGGACAUUCCACGUUACCAUGGCGGGGACCUUGACGACCACUGCCCGUUGACUUCCCAGCGUGGUCCGCUGCUGCUUCUCAUGCUCCUCGUGUUGUACGGCCGCUGACGAUGUCCUUAGAGGCAGAGCACAUGGCGGCCAAUGUGACACGCGGGUUGCGCUGACAACGAAACGACGGCCAUUGAUGACGGCGACGGUGACUGUGACGUUGGCGGAUGUGACGUUGAUCGUGACGAUGGUGACGUUUGACGUCGAUGUUGAUGAUGAAGAUGAUGACGACGAUAAUGGCGAUGAUCGAGGUGAUCAUAACGAUGAUGGUGAUCAUGAUGAUUAUGACGUUUGAUGCCAAUGUCGAUGAUGACGGUAAUGGCGAUGAUCAUGCUGCUGCUGCUGAUGAUGAUGAUGAUGACGGACGAUCAAAAUGGCGAUGCACGUGCUGCUGAUGAUUAUGAUGGCGAUGAUACUGGUGGUAAAGUGCUGAUGACGACGAUCUCGACGACGCAAACGAUAACGAUGCUUACCAUGGGAUGCAUUUACCCCCUGAGCGGAAUACGAACGCGCUAUUCGCCCAACACAGUUGAAGCACGUUCAUCAUAACCACGAGGGACAUGGCUGUGGGUCCCUGCUAUGGAAAUGUGGAACGUCCACCAACUGGCUCAAGGGCGGUGGUUGGCUACUUAGGAUCUCACGUUCGCUUGGGACGAUACACAUCAACUCUCUCAUUGCAUCUCUUCGGUCGGACUUUCCACCGACAUUCUGAAUUAUGGGUCAACAAUAACACUGGUCAACACACUUUUCCUGGCAUAAGGUAUUCCAACGGGUUUAAGGUAAUUUUGGGGGGUGCUGAUUCCAAAUCUGGCAUCAGUUUUUGUCUAUCACAUCAGGGUUUUGAGAGAUCAAAUUUGCAUUUUCAAUGAAAACUGCAGAAGAAAAAUAUUAAAUAAAUGUGGAUAUCUACACACACUAUUCUAAAAAAAUACAGCACCAUAUUUUAACACUAAAGCAGUCACUGACUCGCAACAACUUGCAAUCAUAAGUGACAGAGUUAAUGGAAAUAGGGUAUGCCGUUAGGAUAAAAUGAGAUGUGAAAGAGCAAAUCUGAGAUCAGAUUUGUAAUCAGCACCCUGAAAUUAGUCUAAAACAGAAGCAAAAGUCCAGGCCAGAAAAAAAAAGUUUUUGUUGUUGUUGACCAGUGUAAUGGCCCUUAUAUAACAAUGGUUGUGAUAUAAUCGAGUGACGAGACGACUGUGAAAGGUGAUCACGCUGCUGCGUAGUUCUCCCGCGUGUGUUCGCGGUGUGCCACGGUUGCUUAGCGCGUUGUCCGACGUUUCGUUACCACGUGCUCCACACAUCCACCCUACCUGCCUACGCACCCAACGCCGACCCAUCAUCCACCCACUCGAUCAUCCCACUCACCUGCCAACUCGCACACCCGAUCAACUGCUCACCCACCCGCUCACUCAUCCACUCACUCACUCGAUCACCCACUCACUUACCAACCCACUCAAUUGCUCACCUGCUCAUCCAUUCACCCACUCACCCACCCACCCAUUCACCCACCCCCCCCACCCACUCACCCCCCACCCACUCACUCAC